AUGCUGAUCCGUGAUGACCCGCACCACCGCCACCCAAUCAAGAUGAUCAUUGACGCCGCCGCGCUCUCGUCAUCACCGGAUGACAAGGACUUCGGCGCCGUCUUCGUCGUCAGAGCCCCCGUGCCACCGCACUAUCGCUACCUUGCCAUCUGGGAGAAGGGGUGGCCAUUUGCGAUGGAAAUUCGGCCACCCAACGGCUUCUUCCUUGCCGAUGACGUUGUUUACCAUGACGAAGCCUUCCAUUUGCUGCGCGUCCAGGGCGACGAGAUUAGUGUUUGGACGACAGUCUCGGAUGAGGAUUACGGAUGGGAGAACCGGCGCUUCUUCCAUCCCGGAGGGCGCAACUAUGAUCAGCGCGUCCGCUCUCACUACCUCGUCCCGUCCCGCGGCGAACUACUCCUGGUGGUCAGGUUCUCCCCAAAUCCUAAUGAGCCGACGUCGAAGUUCAAGGUGUUCCGGGCGACGAAACGGCCGCAGAUGCCUGACGACGCCGACUUCCCCGUGGCGGAGUUCCCCUGGGCAUGGAGCGAGAUGGACACGCUGGAUGGCCGGAUUCUUUUCGUCGGGUAUGGCUGCUCCAGAUCGUACGACGCGGAUCAGUACCCGGGCUUCACGGCCGGCAUCUACUUCUUGGACGAUGGGGAGUCCGACGACGAGGGGGUCUUCUUCCGCGACCACAAUAUCACGCCGUACCCCUGCAGCGACAAUGGGAAGUAUUCCGACGGCCGUGUUCUGCGCUGCUUCCCGACGACAGACCCAUCAGACCACUCUCCUCCGGCUUGGCUUCUCCCGUGA